CACAAGCAAAUUUAAGAUGGCGCCAUGGUGGAAUUAUGUAGCUAACGUAGGCUAGCUAGCUAUCCCACCAGCUUGCUUUAUGUAUUUAAGUGAGUGGUUUAACGUUAGCUACAAAAAUGGGGAAGGUAUGGCUGGCUAAAGCCUGAAAUUAGCUGAUAUUCACUUAUAAGAACACUAUACAUUAAGUUGUCCAGUGGAGAAAUUCUUAACUCUAAUAAAGACAACAUUACAGAAUUGCAUUGUAGCUAGCUAGCUAAUCACUGUGAAAUGUAAACUGCAAACGCUUACCGACAAUUUCCGGUCGUCAUUCCUGCUAGAUGGCUAACUUUUCCUGAGAAACAUCACUUCAUUUUCGAACACUUAUAAAAGAACGGAGGGAAUGGACUCAUCAAAAUCGCCAAGAAGUUCUAAAUCUCAUCAUUCAAGAUCACGAUCCAGAGACCGGAAACGUGACAAGAAACACAGACAAAGUCGGAGCAGGAGCAAAGAGGGUUGGAGGAAGGACUCGGACGACAGACCCUCCAAAUCGCGGAAGCCGGAGGAGAGGCAGGAGCAGACGGAGCGGGCUAAGGAGCGGCUUUCCGAGAGCGGAGACGAGCGACAUCGGCGGAAAGGCGGAGCCUCGACACGACGCAGGAGCCGCUCCAGGUCACGCUCCCGGGAAAGACACCAUCGCAGCAGGAGCAGGGACCGCAAGCGGUCGCGUUCCCGUAGCCGGGAGCGGCGUUCCCGAAGCCGUGACAGGAAGCGGCGGGCGCGGUCCCGCUCCAGGUCCCACUCCAAACACAGACACAGGAGUCGAAGCCGAAGCAAGAGCAGGGAAAGGAGGAAACGGAGCGAGAGGCCCCGAGCAUACAGCAGGAGCCGCAGUAGGUCAGUGAGCCCCCUGGUUUUCCAGGGCAGAAACACCGCUAUGGACGCCCAGGAGGCCUUAGCCAGAAGGUACUGCAGCUGCUUUAAUGAACCAUUGGAAAGAGCAAAGAAGCUCCAGGAACAGAAGGAGAAGGAGAUGUUGGAGGUGCAGAAACGGCAGGAGCUUGUUGCUGGCUGUGUCGGCAGUCUGGCGGUGCCUGGCAACCUCCCGGUGCCUGGAAAUCUCCCUGUGCCUGGCAAUCUCCAGGUGCCCAACAAUCUCCAGGUACCUGCCGGUGUACCAGGACCCGGCAAUCUCCAGAUGCCCAACAAUCUCCAGAUGCCCAGCAAUAUCCAGAUGCCGGGCAAUCUCCAGAUGCCCAACACUCUCCAUAUGCCCAACAAUCUCCAGAUGCCCGGCAAUCUCCAGAUGCCCGGCGGUAUGGCGAUGCCCAGCGGUAUGGCGAUGUGCGACGCUGCCGCCACGGUGGCGGCGGGAAGCUCCAUCCUGAACAUGGCGGCUUUUCUGGCCGCGGGUACGCCUGUGGCGCCCCACAUCGCCAUGGCGGCUCAGAUGGCGGCCCUGCAGGCCAAAGCGCUGGCGGAGACGGGCGCGGCCGUGCCCAGCUUCUAUAACCCCUCCGCCGUCAACGCUGUCAAGUUGGCGGAACAGGACAAGAAGAGGAAGAUGCUUUGGCAGGGCAAGAAGGAAGGGGACAAGUCACAGACAGCUGAGUUGUGGGAGAAACUCAGCUUCGGAAACAAGGACCAAAAUACUAAAUUCCGCAAGUUGAUGGGCAUUAAAGAGGAGGGCGGCGAAGCCGCGGGCCUGAUGGACGAGGAGAGCCUGAAGACCCUGAGGCAGCAGGAGGAGAUGUUCCGGAACCUGGACGUGCAGUACGAGAUGGCCCGGUCACAGACGCACACCCAGCGGGGCAUGGGACUGGGCUUUUCCUCUUCCUUCGCCUCGCGGGGGAUGGACACGUUAUGAGCCGCCGCCGCCACUGCCCUCGCCCACUCCCCGCACACUCUCGUCCCCUCUCUCUCUCUCUGCGUAGCUUCACCACAGUGCUGAAAAGUGUUCCAAGAGCUGUUUUUAUUUUUUUUGUUGUAGUCGACAAGCUUGCAUGGAUGUUGCACUGAGUAUAAUUUAUUAAGAGAAAAAAAAAAACAAAAACAAAGCAUUUGUACAUUACUUUUUGUAGAUAGUGGAGUGCUAACCAUAACUGGAUUCUGUAUGUCAUCAGAAUUACACAGGGUGUUUAAACGGACGUGGAGGGGGAGAGGGCAGCCUGGGGAAAUUACAUUACAGUUAAACCCCUCCCCCAUUAUUGUACACUAUUGUUUCCUUUUUUUGAACACCUGGCUUUUAAAUGGUGGAAUUAUACAUUAAUUGCCAGGACAAUAGAGGAUAAUUUAAAAAUACUCCAAUGUACUGACAGAGACUGAUGCAGAACUGCAGAAAACUGUGUACACGAUCGCUGUGUUCAUUUUGCAGAAGAUCGUGGGUUGUGUAACUUGUAAUACCACUGUUAGUAAUCUUACCUUUAUGUGGUCAAUGAAAAACACAAACUGACAACAAUAAUUUGCUAUGUAUAUUUAUGUUCACAUAAUGAACACAAUCACAAAUCUGUUUAUAAUGGCCAAGAAUCAAACCAGCGGCUGUCACGACCCGGCUAUGAUCAGUGUUGUCCAUUUAAACAAACCCGUUUACGCUUAUUGGAAUUUUGUUUCCUGGAAUUGUAUUGAACGUUGGUGUACUGUAAUCGGAUUAGAGGAAACCCUGGUUGAA